CUCGAGUGCGGUAUUAAUAAUCUUGGUAUGUGUUGGAAUUACCUAUCUCAUCUCGAUUUAUCGCAAGCGGCUGCCUUUCAUUCGAGCGGGAAACGCUUUACCAGGCCCAAAAACGCAACCGAUUAUUGGGAAUGCCUACUAUUUCAUGCAGAAAGAUAUUAACAAAUUAUUGCACAAUUUAUGCUCGCUUAUGUAUAUUUAUCCGUCUCCGUUUCGAUUAUGGAUAGGCAACAACUUACUUAUUUUCAUAACCGAACCAGAUCACAUAAAGACGAUUCUUCAAAGUUCGAGUUGCUUGAAUAAAGCUAUAAUGUAUAAACCUUUCAAAAAUGUACUAGGAACAGGAGUGUUUACAGCACCUGCGUCUAUAUGGGUCGGACAUCGAAAAAUUAUAGCAUCAAGCUUCAAUACAAACAUAUUACGUAUAUUUUGUGAUACAUUUGUGGAAGAAGCUUCAAUACUUAUGGACAAAUUAGGACAUUUAGUAGGAGAUGAAGUUGAUCUAUUUGAUUAUAUAUUAUUGUGCACUUUGGAUAUUAUUUGCGGUACUUCGUUGGGUAUUAAGAUGGAAUAUCAAUCAAACAAAAAUCGGUUGCUCAUUGAAGCAUUGCAAAGAACGAAAGAAAUAAUUAUAUCCAGAAUACGGAAUGUAUUUUUAUUUUCCGAUAUUAUAUUCAAUCUUACCCCUUUAUGUCGCGAGCAACAAAAGCAUGUAAAUUACGGGAAUUCUGUCACGGGAAAGAUAAUACAACAAAAGGAAGAAGCGAGAAAUAAUUUGGAUGUUACUAAGAGCGAAUGCGCAAAGCCUUCUAGAAAGGUGUUUCUCGAUAUACUAAUGGAAGCAUCUAACGAAGGCAAGAAAUUCACUCGAAAAGGCAUUAUCGAUGAAGUCAAUACAUUGACCGCAGCGGGUUCCGACUCAACCGCAAUCACAAUGAAUUUUACGAUAUUUAUGAUAGCAAAUUUCCCAGAAAUACAAAAAAAAGUAUACGACGAGCUGCUGGAAAUUUACGGUACGCAAGAUCCAAAAUCCGCACCUGUCAAGUUCGACGAUUUGCAAUAUAUGAAUUAUCUGGAGUGUGUUAUUAAGGAAACAUUGAGAGUCUUUCCCACUGUGCCUAUCGUAGGACGACGCCUUACUGAAGAUUUAAUACUAGGGGGACAUACUUUGCCGCAAGGCGCCGAUGCUAUCAUAACAACGUUAGCUUUGCACCGAAACGAAAAGUAUUGGCCGAAUGCGUUGACGUUCGAUCCAGAUAGAUUUCUUCCGGAGAACAUGACGAAUAUUCACCCGUAUUCUUACAUACCGUUCAGUAACGGUCCAAGGAAUUGUAUAGGUGUAAGGUAUGCGAUGGCUUCUAUGAAAAUCAUCAUAGCUACUUUAUUGCGUACGUACACAUUGAAAGUAGAUAAGAAAAUGGAAAUCGAUCAAAUAGAAGUGCAUAUGGAUAUUAUGUUAGCGCCCUUACAUCCUUUGAAAGUCAGAAUUGAAAAGAGAAGUUUUGACUGCACAACAAUGCCGACAUAACAUAUCAACAGAUGAAAAUGAUAUUUUGUACUUUCCGAUAGUAAUUUUUAGAUAGUAGACAAUCCAUGUCUCUUGAUUUUCGAACGUUCUCGAAUGUUCGGAAGUCUCCGGAAUUUUUCUUUCAAUUUAUUCUCCAUGAUUACAUUUCGAAUGCGUCCGUUGCUCACCCGGACAAGAACUGCCGACAAACCGAAUCGUUGAUGUUUUUAAUAUAACACUCGCUUUUAAUUACAUAUUUAUGAUGUGAUUUACUAUAUGUGAUCUAUUUAUUCAUUUGGAUGAUUAUUUGGAUAAUUUUACCUAGAUAUCGGCAAAUAUUGAUCGUUAUAUAUUGUAUGUAAUAACUAAAUAUGUAAAGUCAAACAGUUUGAUGCGCAGAGU